UGUAAACACAUUUUUACAUUUUAUUGAAUUAAAAUGGAAUUAAAAGAGGCGAACGUUCACAAAAGUGUUGUUUUCGUAUAUUUAUAAACGCAGGGUUAAACAUGAAUGUAUCCCGUACAAAAUGGAACUUUGUAAACUAGAAAUUUCGGUUUUUAUUAUUUUAAUAUCAUGUGCUACUGCCCAUUGGGACAUAAAAGAUGUAGCAAAUAAUUUACAGGAGGAUAUAGAUUUGAUAAAGAAUAAUGAACUGGGAGUGUCAUUUAUAUCGAUCUUAUACAAAAACUUAAUGUUUACUCAGCCCAGCUUGGAUACGAUCAAGAUCGUGAAUAACAUUGCACAUAAAAUCGACAUAAAAAUUUCGGACUUAUUUUCAGUAUUAGAAAGCACUUACAUGAUCAUUGAUGCAAAAUUGACCUAUGAAAAUGUUACCAGCUUGAACUCGUCUGUAUUGCCAUGUUUUUUGAAGAGUUCAUGGGCGAAUCCUUUAAAUACUAGCAAUUCGUACAAGAGUCCAUUCAGCACUAUGAACAUUUUAGAUAAAAUGAAGAAAAAUUUAAACAGCAUGACCGACGGGGUGAGAAGGCAAUAUUUCAUUUCUGAUAUAGAAGUGAAGGCGCUUCCCAGAACACCGUUUCUACAAUGUACAGAAUGCGACGAAAAACUCAUAUGGAACAACUAUUUAGAACGAAAUAUUUACCUUAGAAAAAAUGUUGUUCUUGUGCUAGACAUAGGAGGCUCGAUGAGUUCUGCUCAAUUCAAUUUGCUGAAAUUAGUUGCUAAGAAAAUGUUAUCGGCAUUGGAGCGAAACGACAGGAUAUCUGUUUUAACUGUGAGCUCUAAUUGUACUUACCUCGAACAUGACUGCAAUAGACUGCACGAACAAAGUUUCAAUAACAAUGUACAAAGACUGAAAAGUGCCACUCAAAGUUAUACUAAAAAUUUAGAAAAGUAUAUUGAUGCUAUAAUUAGUGAAUCAGGUUUGACAAAUCACACGUUAAGUUUCGAAAAAGCCUUUGAGGUUGUACGUGAAAGUUUGUUUUUUUUGAAAGAGGAAACGGUUAUGAUAUUAUACGUUAGUAGAGGGUUGUUAUCUUCGUUGAGGGAGCCGAAACAAGUUUUGGGGAUGGUUGAACAAUUCACGAAAACUCAUAAUGUUUCGCUUGUUAUUAACACUUGUGCAAUAAUCGAUGAAUUGAAGCCGGUGGUGUACGAGCCGCAAUUUUUAUGUGAUAUCGCGUAUCAAAAUUAUUCAAAAUACAACAUACCUUAUCAGAGGGAUGUUCAUAGAAAAAUGGGACUUAUGCUUAAAGUUGAUAGAACAGAAAGUAUACCUUUCGCUGUAGAGCGUUUUUAUAGUAUUUUUAAUCCCUUAUCGAACUUCAAAUUGGGUACUAAAAUUCAUUUACCCACUUGGGAUAAAAACGAGAAAGAUCUUAUUGUAUCGUUUACGAAAGGAUGGAAGCGAAGAAACAAUUUCUUCAUGAUCGGCAUCGACGUAUAUUUCUCAAAUCUAGCAGAAGAUAUUAUCUAUUACAGAGGAGGUCAAGGGUAUUCCUACGUUUUCUUAAUGGAUUUGAACGGCAACGUGGUAUAUCAUCCUUAUUAUUCAAGAAUAACUGGCACCAGCAGCCCCGUUUCCGUUGCUUUAGAAAAACUAGAGAAAAUACCAGACGUUAAAACGCUGAAAAUUAGAUUAUUAACAGAAAAAAAGGGAGUACACCAGACAAACAAAACCGACUCUAUGCAUUAUUCUUGGAUCAGAGUGAACGAUUGGUACAUUGUCUGUUUAGUAGUAAACACCAAAUACUGGGCGCCCAGUAAACCUCAAAAACCCGUUUGGUUCCAAAACGAUUUCCUCUACCAGAAUCUGGAGGACUACAAAUUAUGCCGUCACCUGAAUUUACUCUCAACUAUAGACGUGACAUCGUUGUAUUUGAGCCCGUCGUGCUUCCGAUCGCCCUUUCUGGCCUCGCACGCCAGCCAAAACAAGCUGCACACCCAGGACUUCGUGGCGUAUCUGAAGGACGACAGCAGGCUGCUGAUCAAUCCGGGGCUGAAGGAAGAAAUCAGGGACGAGGUGUCGCUUUUGUCGCACGUGCUGUCGUUUUUGAGGCAGCGCCAUUUGUCGUCGGAGAUGUCGAAGUACGUCGUGCGACGGUACGCCGUGUCAUCUUCGGGCGUUUUCCAGAUGUUUCCAGGCAGUACGCUCAAAACGGGCUGGACUCCCACGAAGGCUUUGUGGUAUUACAAGUCCUGGCAGUUCAGAGGAAAAGUGGUGUUGAUGCCUCCGUAUCUGGACAAAGGGGGCGCUGGUUAUAUCAUAACCCUAGCUUAUGCCACAUCGCAAUUAGUAGUUGGGAUGGAUGUGACUUAUGGAUUCAUGUUAAAAACGCUGGUGAAAUACUUGCCCGAUUGCCUGGAUAAAAAUAUCACGUGUUUCCUGAUUGAUGAUGAAGGCUAUGUAAUUUACCAUCCUAGUUUAAUGAUAGCGAACGGCGCUAAACCUAUCGAACAGCAACACAUAGUCCACAAGGAAUCCUUAGUGUCCAAUGAUAUAUUGAACCACAAGCAUUUCAUACAGAAACUUCUAUGCAACAGUUACGGAGAUGGUACCAUUCAAAGAUAUUACAAACUCAACACUAGUUUCGAUGGUGUGCUGGUUAACUUCGCGCCUGGCGAACAGUGUGUUAAGUACCAAAUCACGAACAUUCCUAGCACAAAUAUAUUCGUUGGCAUAGUGAAUGUCUCCUGUAACUUCGGUGCGACGUUUUGCCCGUGUAGUAUAAUAGAUAGGUUAUGUUUGAAUUGCAACAGGAUGGAGCAGAAAGAGUGCGAAUGCCCCUGCGAGUGCCCUUUAGAUAAUAAUUCGGAUAUGUGCGAUCCGAAUCCAGUUUAUUCGAAUUCCUCCGAAAAUAUGCCGUGUACGAAAUACACCAGCGAAUCGUUGGGCGACAGUUUUAUCGUUAAUUCUAACAACAAUUUAAAACCUUGUUUCGCCAUUAAUUGCCACGAGCAAACGAGCCAUUUGGACUGUUUGGGCCUCCUGGGCUGCGAAUGGUGCAUGUUCGACAUGGACAAGAAUUAUUUAAAGACGCCGUUUUGCGCGUCCAUAUCGACCUGCUUCAAGGGCAUGUUCGAUAUUACGGAUAAAUCCGUAGGUAAGGCGGGAAGCCCGCCGGAAUUUUCCCCCGUAGGUCCUAUAGUCUAUUCUAUCGUAGCAAUCACGUUAGUGUUCGUGUUUUUGCUGAUCUGCUACCGGUCCUACUCGAGCCAAAUAACGGAAAGGUUCCAUUUGUCUUCCACCCAAGACCAACUACGCAUGAGCGAUCUGAACGUGGCCGAUAACUUCCACGAUUUGGGGAAUCACAGGGACAAACUAAUUAAGGAAGAACACCCGAACGUUAUUAGUCCCUACUGCGUCGCUGGUACGUACAGGAGACCGGCGAUUCCUGCGGGUUCCGAUCAUGGUUAUUCCACUAUGACGCCCCACGAUGAAUCGGAGCACAUGUCCUUGGCUCCCGUCGAGAUGGAUUCCCUCGAAGAUGAGAUUCUACCGGAUAGUACGUCUUUGCACGUAAGCAAAGACACGCCUAGGUUGCUGUCUCCUAUGUUUACAAGGAUUCCCGAACGGAAUUGCAUCACUGUACCUGUAACUGUGCAUCAAAACAUGGAGAAAACUUGAUAGCUAAUAUUCCCUCAUUUGUAUUUUUUGUACAUUUUUCUUCCGCCCUGUGAUGUAAAAUAUUCCUGUAGUUAUGCGAUUGGUUGAUUUUUUUUGUAAAAAAUUGUCAUUUUAAGACGAGACGUGAUUCUUAUAAAAUUUACAAUUGUAAUUAUUGAAAUAUGUACUUCAUAUAGAUUGUAUUUUUGUAAAUGUUUUUGUAUGUAAACUUUCUCUCUCAUUGCCUUAUUACUGAAGACUGAACAUUUCACAACCUGUACCAGUAUUAGCAGCAUUUUAUUUUAGUUUAUACCAUAUUUAUUGUACUUUUGUUAUUGUAAUAUUCCAG